UAUAAUCGGCACUAUAGGGAUAACUGUCAAUGUGUGUGUCGCGCGUAAAUAGUUAAGUACUAGGAAAUCGGUGGAUGCUGGAACCAUAGUUGUGUAUUAUCAAAACUACGUCCGUAGUAUUAUUAGUCCAAGGUCUUGCAAUGUGUUGCUGCACGCAGCACUCGGCAUUAACGUGAAGCCCAAACUAAACAAAUAGUAUUUAAUUUAUAAAAAGCUUUAAAUUGUGACGAUUUAUACUACUGUCGAAUUAUGGAGUAAAAGUUCUCACUUUCCCAAAACUUCACUUUUCCAAAAUACACACGUUGUGGUGCGCCUUUAACAGGUCUCACUGGUCGUGGUCGCGGAUAACUGAUGUCCCAGCAAAAUGUCAAAACAGAGGUGUAACUACCCGACAAAAAGUUUAUGAAAAAGUUUGGGGUAGGCAUCACAAUUCACCCACCACAUCUAGAGAUAGAUCCCUUGGCUUAAGCUUCUGGAUCACUGGUUCCCAAGUUGACGACAAAUUAAAUCCAUCUUCCCUAUUAAAAUUUCUGGGGUGUUUCCUGAUUUCAAAACGCGAAAGUUUUUUUUUUUCAUUAUUAUGAUUCGUAAUAAAUAAUUGGCUUUAUCAUUUUGAAUCACAAAUAGCACACUUUAAAUCUUAUUUGUUUUGUUUAAUUUGAAUGGCCUUUUCAACUGGCAAAAUACUUCGGAGUUACCUCCAAAAAAAAAUAAAAAAAUAUACUAUCGGCUCAAUUUUUUCUCUCUUCGUGCUCGCAGUAACAGUAAACUUAUUCAGUUGUUACGGAACCUACAACUACCAGCAUGUAUCUGGCGAGGCUAUACACUCGGUUCUGUAUAAAGAAGUCAUUUCUGCCAUUUUAAAUAAAGACAGAGCGAACUGCACAUAUGACGAUGUUCUACAAAGUACACAUACAAUUCACACUUGGGACGCCAGGAAGACAUACGUCGACUUUGACGCUAAAGGGAUUGAAAAAGGGACAUUUACGCCGGAGCACUGCAACCCUCUCUUCAGUGUGGCCAUACUGGUCACAUAUCGAAACAGACAGAAGCAACUUGAUAUCUUUUUGCCAUAUAUGCAUAAUUUUUUGAGAAGACAAAAUAUUCAUUAUAAGAUAUACUUGAUCGAGCAGCAAGACCUCAAACCCUUCAACAAGGGUCUCCUGUACAACCUGGGCGCGCGCGCCGCCAUCGCCGACGGCUUCCCCUGCCUCAUCCUCCACGACGUGGACCUGCUGCCGCUGGACGCCAGCAACCUCUACGCUUGCACGACACAGCCGCGCCAUCUCAGCGCUAGCAUAGACAAGUUCCGAUUCGUUUUGAUCUAUGACUGGCUGGUCGGAGGAGUGCUGGCCGUGCGGUCGGAACAGUAUGAGCGGCUGAACGGGUUUUCGAACAAGUUCUGGGGGUGGGGAGCGGAGGAUGAUGAUUUAAAUAAUAGGAUGGAGGCGCAAGAUAUGAAAGUUAUUAGGUUCCCGCCUUCAAUGUCCCGCUACGCUAUGCUGCGGCACGCCCAAUCCGAGAUGAACCCUGCCCGCUUCGCGCAGCUGGCCGCCAACCGCGCCCAGCCGAGCGCUGCGCGCGCGCAAGACGGGCUGCGGGAUGCGCGCGCGUCUGUGCGCAGGACCGACCAGCGGCUCUUCACCCUGCUUGUAGUUACACUUUAAGGGUAUCCUUUUUCAGGACACUUUCUGCUGAUUAGAGACCAAAAAAGUUUUAUGUUUUCCUGUCCGUCUUAAUUAUUUACAGCAACAUCUGUCCUGUGGAAAGUGUACGCCGAAACGAUAAAUCUCAUUGUCUCUCAAGUAACAUUUACAUGGGAGAUUCUCUGUUCAAGAUCAUCGCAACACUAGAAUCAAUAUGUUGGUACAUCACUAAUUCACUACAUUCGUACGAUAUUGUACCAUGACUCAUGGUUCAUAUGGUAUAAUUAUGGUAUUAAUGUGAAACGAGUUUUUGAAUGAGAAUCUUAUAAUAAGGUUAAGCUUUUUAUAUAAUUUUGUUCUUAAGUAUAAUUGUGAACUUGAAAUAGAAUUAAGUAUAAGUAGAUUGUUAUAUUCUUGACAUGACUCAUUAACUUUGAUUACCUUUUUGGGCACAUUUUUAGGGUUCCGUAGCCAAAUGGCAAAAAACGGAACCCUUAUAGAUUCGUCAUGUCCGUCUGUCUGUCCGAUUCUGUCACAGCCACUUUUUUCCGAAACUAUAAGAGCUGUACUGUUCAAACUUAGUAAGUGGAUGUAUUCUAUGAACCGCAUUAAGAUUUUCACACAAAAAUAGAAAAAAAACAAUAAAUUUUGGGGGUUCCCCAUACUUAGAACUGAAACUCAAAAAAUCUUUUUUCAUCAAACCCAUACGUGUGGGGUAUCUAUGGAUAGGUCUUCAAAAAUGAUAUUGAGGUUUCUAAUAUCAUUUUUUUCUAAAAUGAAUAGUUUGCGCGAGAGACACUUCCAAAGUGGUAAAAUGUGUGUCCCCCCCCCCCCCGUAACUUCUAAAAUAACAGAAUGAAAAAUCUAAAAAAAAUAUAUGAUAUACAUUGCCAUGUAAACUUCCACCGAAAAUUGGUUUGAACGAGAUCUAGUAAGUAGUUUUUUUUUAAUACGUCAUGAAAUUAAAAAAAAAAAAAUUUUUUCAACAUACCCAUACAUGUGGGGUAUCUAUGGAUAGGUCUUCAAAAAUGAUAUUAGGGUUUCUAAUAUCAUUUUUUUCUAAACUGAAUAGUUUGCGCGAGAGAACCUCCCAAAGUAAAAAAAAGUGUGUCCCCCCCCCUGUAACUUCUAAAAUAACAGAAUGAAAAAUCUAAAAAAAAUAUAUGAUAUACUUUACGAUGCAAACUUCUAACGAAAAUUGGUUUGAACGAGAUCUAGUGAGUAGUUUUUUUUAAUACGUCAUCAAAUUAAAAAAAAAUUUUUUUUCGUUAAACCCAUACGUGUGGGGUAUCUAUGGAUAGGUCUUCAAAAAUGAUAUUUAGGUUCCUAAUAUAAUUUUUUUCUAAAGUGAAUAGUUUGCGCGAGAGACACUACCAAAGUGGUAAAAUGUGUGUCCAAAGUGGUAAAAUGUUGAACGAGAUCUAGUAGUUUAAGUAGUUUUUUUUAAUACGUCAUAAAGGAACCCUUCAUGGGCGAGUCCGACUCGCACUUGGCCGCUUUUUUAUGAGAUGAAAUGCUUUUUUUCAUACCGAAAAGUAAAGGCCUUCCAGUGAUUUCGUAGAGUCCUUUCGACUGAAAUAGAUUUGUUUAUUGAGGUCACAGAGGUCACUUACAAAUAAUUAUGUAAUCCGUAAUUUAUAGAUAUUAUUAAUUAUUAAAAUUUUCAUUACUAAUUAUAUUAAUUACUGCUAGAUUAUAUUAUUAUAUUUUUAUUUAUAAUGGAAUAUUUAUAAAUAUUAUGGAAUUACUAGGGAGUUUUUUUUGUGUGUUGAAUGUUUAUUAAAUGUUUUUAAUAUUAAGUAAUCUGAUGUAAGCGCUAUGUUACACUACUGUAAUUAUAUAUAUGUAAUGCUUAUGUAUGCUGAAAUAAAUGGACGAGUAACUGAAAUAUAAUGAAGUGAAAAUUUUUCGUCAAAAAAAAUUCGUCAGCAUGUUUGUCUGUCUGUCCGUCCGUCUAUGUCACAGCCACUUUUUCCAAAACUAUAAGAACUAUACUGUUAAAACUUGGUAAGUAGAUGUAUUCUGUGAACCGCAUUAAGAUUUUCACACAAAAAUACAAACUUUUUUAGAACUAAAA